AUGAGAUUAAACACGUUCAUACUCACACUUUGCGUGUGCGCAUUCUACGCACGCGCAGCAUCCAUAUCGUCAGAAAAAAAACUUGAUGAUCUCGAUAAUGUUGACCUCGACAAUGUUGCUUUAGAGCCUGAAUUAAUAGACCAAGUCACGGUUAAGGACGUGGACAAUAAUCUGCGAAAAACGAUCGUCGAUAUACCCGUUAAGGUCAUCGAAGAACCAACAGUGCUAGAUGAAAACUCCAACGAUUAUGUACCCAAUAACGACGAGAGUAUAACUAUCAAAAGAGUUGAUAUCGACUUAGCCAAUCCUGGAGAACCACAACGUCAGGAGCAUGAAACUCAAAACCCUGAAAAUUAUGGAGAGAAAGAAAAAGCCAUUUUUGGUAUUAAAAAAUCAAUUGAAGACACUGAAAAAAUUUUCAACCAAGGCCUUCAGAAAUUAUCGAACAACUUAAAAAACCUGUUUGGAAACAAUGAGGACCUCCCAGCCAUCCAAAAUAAUUUACAAAACUUAAGGCACGCUUUCACGGAACAGAUUGUGAAACUCAAUGAAACAAUUACAAAAAAUCUUAAGCCUGAUUCUAACCAAGUUACCAAGGAAUCUGAGAAAAAACUUAAAAUAGUUGAAUCACAGUUACAAAACUUACAAAAAAAAUUUGAAGUUGGCGUUGAUACUUUAAGUGAAGGCGUUGAAGUUCUUACUAUAAUUAGAGAGGAAGAUGAAACUGCAAAAACGAAAUCUAUAAUUAGCGAAGAACGUGAAGUGGUCAAAGCAGACGCUAAGCCCGAUACACAACCAGAUACUAAGCCCGAUACUCAAAAUGGUAACACUGCUUCUUCAACCCUAGCACCUACUACCACAAGCUCUCAAGCUCCAGCAAUUUCGAAUCCUGUUACUCAUUUUAUGCAUCAAUUUCAAAACACAAUGUCACAGGCAUUUGCUAGUUUAACUUCGUCUGUUCAAAAUACUGGAUCUACUAAUCCGAUCUCGAACUUUUUUAACGGCCUUGGCUUUCCAAAUAUUAUUCAAGGAUCAAAUCCUACAGUAAAUAUAAAUCCUCCAGCGCAACAAGGUCAAAAUACUGUACCUGCCGGAGCCCAGUCUGAUACCGCUGUGCCCCCACCAACCCCUACUCCAUGGGGACCACAAGCUAUUUUGCAACAAGUUCAAAACACAUGGCAAAAUCUUAUAAAUCCUGGACAAAAUGCACAACAAACUCAGACAGCUGAAGGUCAGCAAACCGCAGCACCACCUGCUAAUAAUCGACCAUUUUCUAAUGCGUUUAAUAACAUAGUACAAUUUCUACAAGGACCAAAUCAGGCAGCACAACCAAACCCAGUAAAUCCAACACCAGCAUCAGCACAAAAUACAAACGGUCCCUCAACAAACUCAGAAAAACCAGAUGCUACUCAGGCAGAUGCAAUUCCAGCACCAGCUCAACAGGCUCAGCCAUCAUCCCAAUCCGUCCCAGCUCAACAAACGGAAGAACAUAAUGGUCCUAUUCAACAACUUGUGCAAAAUAACCCAAUCAUUAAGGGUAUUCAAAGUGCUGUACAAAGAUUACAGGGAACACCGAAUCCUGAGACACCUAGGAACGAAAUCAUUAAAGAUGAUAGUGAGCAAAAGGUAGAGCUCAAGGGACGGCCCGGCGUUAACACAACCAAUCAAGGCGAUACUAGCGUCAGCGGGCUAGUGAAAAACAUUGAAGAACAAAAGGAAGAAAACGUUAUUCCUAAGGAUAGUGAAGAAAUCGUAGAAGGACCGAUAAAGGCGGAUAAUGUGGAAAUCCCAUCGGUUUCUGAUAAGACUGAAUAAGUCGUAGUGUGAUACAGUAGUUAAAGUAAUUUAUUUAUUAAGUAAUUUUAAUGUAAAUAACAAAUUAAAAAAGAUGUUUCAUUAAAUCUAAUAAAGG